ACUUCCGGUGUUUUUGCUCCAGCAGCAGCAUGUCGGCGUUUAAAUCUCUUUAUCUCAUUUAUUCCACUUUAUUGUUUAUAGUCUGGGGUGUGAAUGGCUUCAUGGGGAACAGUGACACUUUCACACGGAAGGUGUCUCUACACAUGAACCCCGGGUUAGCCCCGCCCUCGGUGCCGAACCCCGGAGUCUCGAUCCUCCACGCGCGGGCCGUCGGCCCUAACGACACACUGCACUUCCUGUUCUGCAGCGGUGGAGCUCCGGCCCUGCUGCUGGUUCACACGCACUCCAACGAGUCAGUGGUAACCGUCAACUGGCCCGCGUUCUUCGGCCCGAAACCCGCCGGCAGUGUGACCGUGGAACCGGAGAACACUGUGCAGUACAGAAGUGCUCUCGUCUUCACACGCUUAUGGGAGUAUGACGAGAUGAACAGCACGGGGCAGAGUGUGUUGUCUCCGUACGAGCUCCAUGACUUCGACUGGGAAGAUGUGAACCAGACGGUGGACUACACACACCACACCGCACAGCUCUGUGGGAGACACCGAAGCUUCAGUAGCAACGCCUCCCUGUGUCUGCUGUUUUCAGCGUACGAAUCUUUGGGCCGAGAGGAGGCGUGGCCUAGCCUCCUCCAUCACGCCAACUCCUCCCAGCUGCGUGUCCUGCUUCGCGGCAUGACGCCACACACCAACCGCUCACAUUUCGCCCUGGAGCUCCAGACGGUGAGCGAGGCGUCGCUUCAGACCCGAGUGGACGUCCAGCGGUCCAUCGACGACGAGUACACGCCCUCCAUCUUCCAGGUGUCGGAGUGGGUGUGGUCUCAUGAUAACCACUCCUCCGUGGUGGGAUUCUCUCAGUGGAAGCCCGUAGCGUAUCAGAGCGAUCAUCCGGCCAUCGAGGACGCGGCGCCGUGCAGCCACUCGGAACCCGUGGACGUGACCCAGGCUCCGCCCUCUCGCAUCAUCGCGGCCUAUUUCACCCAGAACCUCGUCAUGCACGGGCUUAACGUCACCUACAGUGUCAGCCUCUCUGACCCCGCCCCAAACUCCACCCAGUACCUCAGCUGGACCAUGUUGGUGGGCAUCGGGACUCCUCCGUCAGAUUUCUUCUCUCUGCUGGUGAUCUGCAUCAUGGCCAUAAGUCUCGGCGCCCCCCUUCUCUUACUUCUGGUGGGCGGAGUUUGCGUCUGUAUACGAAGAAGGCGCGAUCGCAUCGGCCAAUACGAGGUGCUCCAGUGAGGAGGGCGGCGGCGACACGAGUAAACCUGAUCACCUGACUCGGCUUACCACAAGCCCCGCCCACAUGUCUUAACGGAUGACUAAAUACUCAGAGUAUCAAACAAACACUAUAUUGUAACUCAAUCAUUUCUUAGGCUUUUUAACAAUAGGAUUGGAAAGAUAAUCCACCGAUUAGGCUCCGCCCACCUGUUCAAACUGACAGCGAAGAACAAUCCAUCAUUUUCUGUGUGCAACUUAAUGAUAAAUCAUGUCGAAACCUGUCGUAAUUUAUAAGCCACGCCCAUGUUGAUACUGACCGAUAAGACAAAGAGCCAAUCACAGCUCUGCUACAAAAUGUGAUUAUUAAUUAAAUGCCCCGCCCACCUGUCAGUGUAGCUUUAUUAUCUGCUCAUAGUCUGCUAACUGACCGAUGAGAAUAAUAAUAAUAAUAAUGUAGUUUUGUUUUAGUAUAUUAUGUAGCCCCGCCCACCUGCACCAUCGUACCUGAACAAUGACUCGGUGUGGGAGGGGCUUAAUAAAUGACAGUACCUGCUGACUGCUUUUCCACCACUGGUGUUGGUUUAGGGAUUAAAAGUGCAAUGUAAGAGUCAAACCGUCAUGGUGCUGGAUGUGGGCGUGUCCUAAUGGCGUUAAGAAAGUUAGCUUUAGUACUGUAGCUCGCCUUUUAUUGAUUAAUGGUUAAUUGGUAAUUAAUUGAGUGAUGUUUGCUUUUAAACUGUAAAUCCUCAGGUGUUCUAUAGUUGCUAAGGUUUGUGCCAUGUUGUUGAAAGGAAAUGGCUCCGCCCCCUAGACGCCGCCCAUCACCACAUCACUGAUCAGUAGUAUUCUGGUCCUGACCUGAGAACUCGUACCUUGAUGAUGAACAGUGAUGGAUCGUUUCACAAUUAGACCAAACAGACACUCGGUGUGUACGCAUAGGGACACUUUAGUGUGUGUGUGUGUGUGUUCUUUCUGUUCCUCUCUCUCUGAUGUUCACGUUAUCACACUGGGAAUCUGUUCUGUUUUUUGUUUUUUUUUACUUUUUAAGGAUCACAUGCUGUGCUGCUAAAUUCUGCGCUCUGAUUGGUCAGGAGGUGUUGAUUAAUUCUGUCUGACAGUAGGAUGUUUUUAUUAAUACGUGAUCGUUGCUGUAGUAACAGCUGAUGCACAGGGGUGUGUGAGGUCUCUCCUCGUCCUUGUGGAGGUGAGAGUGUGUGUUAAAUCAGUCUGAUGGAGGUUCACAGCCUCGUCCGGGAGCGUGAGAGACGACACUGCGUGAGACUGAAGAGAAACGCCAGAGGUUUUGGACAUUAAGUGAUGAUUUGCUAAAAGGAAUAUUAAUUUAGGUUUAAUGGUUCCUACACAAGAACCCCAGAGGAACUGAGGCUCAGUCUCAUCAACCUCAAAGUCCUACUUCUCCUUCACAUGGUUUUAUAUUAAUAUAAACUUUUUAUUCUGUAUUAAUAUGAGAAAUAGUAUAUAAUUAGAUAUUAUUCCAUAACUUGAUUCUUUUUUUGAUGAAAUUUUCUUUCGUAACAUUUCUUAUUUUCAGGGAGAGAUUUUCAGGUGCUCUAAACUGCAGGAGAUUUUUAUUUUUUGUUUUUAUAUUUUACCAAAGGAAUAAACAUUUUUGUUCUUUUUUUUUCCGGUUUAUUAUCAGUGUCGACUUUAUAACAUGCAAAACUGAGCUGGAACAACAAUGUGUGAUGUUUAUAAGAUUUGCAUGAAAAUGCUUUUUAAAUCUAA